AUGGCCAACGUCUCCUCGCUGGCCGCACGCGGCUGCGCCUCGUGCCCCGCGUCCGUCUGUCCCACAUGCGCCGUCGGGCAGAUGUGUCAACAGCUCUUCCGUCCGGCACUCGACUGCACUGCCUGUCCCUCCAACAUCUGCGUCGUCGAUCCUUCCUACCGCGCCCCCAACCGCGCGCCCAUCGGCGGCGCCGUGGGCGGUGCACUGGGCGCGCUGGCACUCAGCGCCGUGCUGCUCAUGGCCUGGAGGCUGAGACGCAAGAAGCUCAGCGAGAAGCAGAGACAGAUGCGUCUCGAUGCCAAAGUGAGAGCGGCAGAGGCAGAGCAGUUUCGACCGAAGCGCAACAGCAAGGGCAGCAAUGCCGCCAGUGCCGCUGCGGCCUCGAGAGGCGCAACGACGGCGCACGAGGAGGAGCAGGAGGAGGAACUGGCCGAGGAUGUCGAGUGGACGCAGAUGCGCCCCGAUGGCCUCACCACGUUCGUCUCGCCGCCCGGCACCGGCGACGAUGACAUCUCCCUCGACAUGUCGGCACUCGGCACCGACGCGGGCAUGAAGCGCCGCUCGACGGGCGCCGCGACGCAUCUGUCACGCAUCACCGAGGGCCAGGAGGAGGAGGAGGAGCGCCAGAAACGGCUGUCGAUGCUGUCUGUUGCACGUGAUGCGAAUGCGCGUUACUCGAGAGCGCCCCCAUUGCCCAACCAGAGGCCCGUCGGCGCCGAGCAUGGCAGAGUCGGAUCGAGCAGUUCCAUCUCACUCGCUCCUGCCGCCCAUCGCGCCUCGUACCUCUCCACGGCAUCCGGCUUCUCCGGCCCGCAGUCCGCAUAUGCGCCUCAUCACGCCAACAACCCCUUCGCAGACGGCGCCUCGAUCCGCUCGGCAAGCAGCGGCGCAAGCAGCGGCGGCACGCACAUCAUUCCCAUUCUCUUCUCGCCGCCGGGCUCGGCGGGCCUGGACGGCGCGGGCAGCGUGCGCUCGGGGCGCAGCAGCGGCGGUGCGGAGGAGGAGAUGCACGACGCUUCUGCGAACGUCUCUGGGGAUUGGAGGGGGGGAUCAGGCGGGGUAGCUGCGCACGGUGCGCACGGCAACAACGCCACUCCCCCCUCUGCUCCUGCGCGCGCAGCCCGCGCAACCGGUGCGCCCCUCGUGCAGCUCUCGCAAGGCCGCAGUUCCCCACAACGCGCCGGCUCGCACCCCUCCCGUCCCGUGCGUUCUCCCGAGCUCAACCUCCGGCUUAACGACGCACGUCAGCCUCUCUCUUCCCCCACGCAUGACUUCCGCAACCUCGACCCCAGCACUCAGCCCAACUUUCCCUCGGCGCUCGCUGCGUCCAACGUGUAUGCGCGUCAAGAGCGUCCGCUGAGCACGGCGAGCGGCAUGUCCGUCGCGACUGCCGCCACGGGAGCGACGAGCGCGACGACGGGCACGACGAACUACGCGCGCCAGCCUCAUCAGCUGCACUCUCUCGCCGAGGGCGGCGGCGUCAAGCGCGUGCAGCUCGGGCGCGCCGCCGCACAGCUGGUGCGCACGCCCAGUGCUGCUCGCCGCGCGGCAGCUGCGGGCGGAGGAGGAGGAGGGCAAGCGUCGUCGCCGAGGGGCGAGCGAAGCGAUCCAUUCAGCGAUGUGCACUCGCCCACGGCGUCUUCGCCGCUUCCUCUCAGCGGCGGCGGCGAGUUGCACGCCUCGCAGUCGCACUCGCAACGGCCGCAGUCCAACGCAUCGAGCAUUGCGGGCCUGAGCGUCUUCGACGGCAUUCCCUUCAUGCAUUCGCCGACUGAGCCGAUGCCGAUGCCCGCUUCGCCCGCCGCCUCGCACUUCGAUCGGCAAGAGCAGCUGCGCACGCCCACCGCCGCCUCCUCCGCAAAGAGCCAGUCUCGACGGGCGCAAAGGCCGACGUGGAGAGCUUGAGACUGCAGCACGAGCUCGACGCUUUCCCUUUCAAGCCGCUGGCGCCCAGCCCGACUGGCUCGCGCGCUUCAUAAAGGCACACACACACACACACGGCCAACUUCGCGCAGCUCGUAGCAAGGAUCGCGCGGCCGAUCGAUCGGGCUUGCGCCUGGGGCUCUGCAUUCUUCCGCGUUCUCUUCCUCCACCCCUCUUACUCUUCGACCCGCAAGCGCCGGGCCGCUCAUCUUGACCCCUUUCACGUGUCGCUUCGGUCUCACUUGCCCGACGCUCUGGUCGUUCAAGGCUUCGACCUAUCUCCUCUCCAAUCGCCCCCCUUCGGCAUCCACGCUCGCUGUCCGUGCCCGGCCGCCACACUGUACUUGCGCUCUUUCCGCCGCCCCCAGUCACCUCUGCCGCGCGCGCGCCAUUGCUCGAACCUACACCGUGCUUUCAGCCCGUUGCACGCCUAGU